AUGCAUCCUAAUAUCAAGCUUGAUAAGGAUGACCAUGGUAGAGAUGUUGAUGAGAUGCGCUAUAGAGGGAUGAUUGGAUUUUUGAUGUAUCUAACCUCCUCAAGGCCUGAUAUCAUCCAAAGUGUUAGAGUUUGCUCACGGUUUCAAUCAAAGCCUAAGGAGUCCAAUCUCUCAGCUGUCAAGAGGAUCAUCCGAUAUGUGUUUGGUACAAUUAACUAUGGUUUAUGGUUUCCUAAGACUGAUUCAUUUCAAUUAGUGGGUUUCUGUGAUGCAGAUUUUGCUGGGGAUAGGAUUGAUAGAAGAAGCACAAGUGGCAUGUGCUGCUUUCUUGGAAAAUCUCUCAUUGUUUGGUCUAGCAAGAAGCAAGCUACUGUGGCACUUUCAACAGCCGAAGCUGAGUAUGUUGCAGCCUCCUCUUGUUGUUCUCAAUUAUUAUGGCUGAAAACUCAACUAGCUGACUAUAAACUAAAUGUAUCUAAUAUUUCAUUAUUUUGUGACAACAUUAGUGCUAUUAACAUUUCCAAAAACCCCGUUUUGCACUCUAGAACAAAGCACAUUAAAGUUCGUUUUCAUUCGAUAAGAGAACAUGUGCAAAAUAGAAAUUUAGAUAUUCAGUUUGUUAAUUCUGAAGGUCAGCUAGCUGAUAUAUUCACCAAACCAUUGAUAGAAGAGAGGUUCUGCAAGUUACGAACUGAACUGGACAUUCUUGCUUCAUCCCUGUUUUCUUAA